CCACCACCCACAGCCACACGCCUUACGACGCCGACUGGGCGAGCAACAAGCGGCGGCGAGCAAGGGCAAGAGACAAACGAGACAAGACGAGACGAGGCCGAGACGAGGAACGCAGACCAGGGAUGAAGACAUCUUCUGUUCGUGGGUUCAGGGCAGAGCACACAGUCACCUCUUGCACCUCUUGAGAGCGUCGACAGGGCGCAAGACGGAGGCCCGAUUAGAGAGCGAGAGCGAGAAUGACAGCGGGAGCAAGUCGCGCGAUGGCCGGUCGGCCAGGCCCCUGUUUGUCAACGAUAUGAAGACGAUCAAGAGGUAUAAAGAGUGGGCGGUGUUGAGCGAGCGUUGCCUCCUUGUCAACAAUAGAAUUCCUCCUCCCUGCACCCCUUUCCCCCCUCGCUGCUAUGUCAUUUGGGCGCGACAAUCGCAAGUCCAUCGAGAUGGAGGGUGACUCCGGCGACGACAAGGGGUCCGUCCUCGAGUCGCAAGAUGCUCACGCCUCCACAGCUGUUGGUGUCGAUGCCAUCGACGUGGAAAAGGGCCUUCCCCGCUCUGCUACCUUUCGCCUCCCUGACCCAGCUACCUUUGGCGUAGAUGAGGGAGGGCGGAGGACAUUCGGCGGAGGCUACUCGCAAGACAUCAACCGCGAACGCACACUAGAGAAGACGCAGUCGAUUGGAGGUCUCUCCCUCGCUCGCGCGUCAGCUAGACAGAACAUCGACCCUCGCCCUCGUAUCGCAGCCGACUUCCGCACCCUCUCCGUCCAAGUCAGCCACGGCGGCCUCGCAGACCCUACCAAGAAGAAGCAGAAGAAGGACGCCAAGCAAGUCAAGGACCUCGCCGACCUCGACUGGCAUUUGCUUCCCGUCGACGAGGUGCUGCAGCGUCUCUCUACCACAUCGAAGCUAGGCCUUGACAAGGACCAAGUCCUACGUCGCCGAAAGCAGGACGGUCUCAACAAGGUCAGCAAGCCUCCUAGUCAAUGGCUCCGCAAGCUCUUCCACUACACGCUAGGCGGCUUCGGCGGCAUUCUCAUCGGCGCUGCGAUCCUUGUCUUCAUCUCGUGGAAGCCGCUUGGUCUGCCCAACCCCGCAGUCUCGGUCCUUGCCCUGGCCAUCGUCCUCGUCUUGGUCUGGUUCCUUCAAGCCAUCUUCAACGCCUGGCAAGACUUCACUACCGCACGCACCAUGGCUUCCAUCGGCUCAAUGCUCCCCUCGCAGGUCCACGUCAUCCGUGACGGAGAGCGCCACUGCUUCCCCGCCGAGGACAUUGUCAAGGGCGACAUCAUCGUCGUCGGCAUGGGUCAGAAGCUUGCUGCAGACGUACGCUUCGUCGACUUGGCGGGCGAGAUCAAGGUGGAUCGCUCCAUGAUCACGGGCGAGUCCGACGCCAUCAAGUGCACGAUCGACAAGACGGACGACAACUACCUCGAGUCACGCAACGUCGGGCUGAUGGGCACGAUGUGCGUCUCUGGCUCUGGCGGGCUUGCCGUGGUCACAGCCGUCGGCGACGACACCGUCUUUGGGCGAUUAGCCAAAAGCGCAGCCAAGCCCCGUACCACUCGCACCACCCUCGAGACGGAAAUCUUCUACUUUGUCCUCUGCGUCGCCGCCAUCGCCCUUUUCCUCGCCGUCGCCUGCAUCAUCAUCUGGGCCGCCUACCUCCGACCCCAGCACCCAGCUUUCAUGUCCGACUCGCAGAUGGUCGUCAACAUCGUCUCGAUUGUGGUCGCCUUUAUUCCGGAGGGUUUGCCCAUUGCCGUCUCUUUAUCGCUCACCGCCAUUGCAGCCAAGAUGCGCAAGUCGCGCGUGUUGGCCAAGACGUUGUCGGUCGUCGAGACGCUGGGCGCCGUCAACGUCAUCUGCUCGGACAAGACGGGAACCCUCACCACGAACAAGAUGCGCGUCACUUCGCUGGCCAUCUUUGGUUUCGACGACACCGUGUCGCCCACCGAUGCCGUCAAGCAGAUCACAAUCGGCGCCCCAGUAGGUGAGGCGCUACGCUCUCUCGCAUGGCUGGCCGGGGUCUGCAACGCAGCGAACUUUGCUGCGCCAGAGGACGAAAAGACGGCCGCUGCGAUCCCUCUGGCCGACCGACCCAUCAACGGCGACGCUACGGACUCGGCCUGUCUGCGUCUUUGCGAAGAGCUUGGUGGAGUCGAAGAGUCUCGCACUGGCUGGAACACCGUAGGCAACCUCGCAUUCAACUCGAAGAACAAGUUUGCGACGAAGGUCAUUCAGUCCGGAGACGCAUCGUCGGACCGUAUCAACGUCGCACUAUCUUCCCACCACGCUGCCAACUUCUCUACCUCUUCCGAUGCCAUUAUUCUCGCCAAGGGAGCGCCCGACAUCCUGCUCAAACGCUGCUCGUCCGUCCUUGAUGCGAGCGGAGAGGUGCUCGACCUGACGCCAGAGCGUCUCGCACGCCUCGCAGAGAUACAAUCGCAGUGGGCAGACAAUGGUCAGCGUGUCCUCGUCCUCACACGCAAGGUCGUCAGCCGAUCCGACCUUCCUGCCACGCUCGACGACGACGCUCUACUCAUCGCCACAGCCGAUAUGACCGUCGUCGGACUCGUUGGUAUCGUCGAUCCUCCUCGCGCUGAGAUCCCCGGCGUCGUGGCUACGUGUCGCGGUGCCGGCGCUCGCUUCUUCAUGGUCACGGGUGAUUUCCAAAAGACGGCCGUAGCCAUCGCUCGUCAAUGCGGCAUCAUCACGGCUCGUCAGGUGUACGGCUUCGACGACCUUUCUGACGCCAACUUGAUUCUGCCCGAGUAUUCGUUCCUCAACGACAACGCCUCGCGCCCUCAGCUCGCCCUCUCUCUCUCUGGCUCCGACCUACAGAAGAUGGAGCAGCACCACUGGGAGCGAGCCACGCGAUUCGACGAGAUUGUCUUUGCGCGUACGACGCCUGAGCAAAAGCUUCGCAUCGUCACGGAGUUCCAGGCGCGAGAUGGCGUCGUCUCGAUGACCGGUGAUGGAGCCAACGAUGCGCCUGCCCUGCGUCAGGCCGAUGUGGGCGUUGCCAUCGCUGGAGGCUCCGACAUUGCCAUGGAAUCCGCGGAUCUUGUACUCCUCGACUCCUUCUCUGGCUUCGUUGACGCCAUGAUGCUCGGUCGCCUCUGCUUCGAGAACCUCAAGAAGACGGUGAGCUACCUGCUCCCCGCCGGCUGCUUCUGCGAGCUCUGGGCUAUCCUCAUGGCCUUCUUUACAGGUCUUCCUCAAGCGCUCAGCAACUUGCAGAUGAUCUUCCAAUGCGUCUUGAUCGACAUCGGACCCUCGCUGGCCCUCAUCAAUGAAAAGCCCGAGUCGGACUUGAUGAAGCGCAAGCCGCGCAACGUCAAGAAGGAUCGUCUUGCCGACUGGAAGCUCUUGCUCCAGUCUUACAUCUUCCUCGGUCUGCCUAUGACGGCGAUGAGCUUCCUGCAGUGCUUUUGGCUGCUGGAGCGACGUGGCCUGCCGUUCUCCUCCCUCUGGCUCCACUACGGCAACAAUCCGCUGCAGAACAGCGACCCGGACCUCUUCCAGGCCAAGCUCAACGAGGGCAACGCCGCUUACUGGUUCACGCUCGUGCUCGCUCAGUGGGGCACUCUGCUCAUCGUUCGCACUCGCAAGCUGUCAAUCUUCCAGCACCCUCCCUACUUUAAGCCCGAGACGAGCAACUUCUGGAUCCUCCCCACAGCGGUCAUUGCUCUACUGAUUACCGUCUUCCUCAGCUACAUUCCUGGGUUGCAGCAUGUCCUCAACACGUACGGCGUUCCCGGGGAGGUGUAUGGGCUGGGACUGGCGUACGCUGCAUUCAUGCUGAUGCUCGAGGAGGGUCGCAAAUAUUGUGUGCGUACCUACCCGCGUGGCUUCCUGGCCAAGAUUGCGUGGUAGCCGGGGGCGAGUACAGCUUAGAUGCAGGCGUAGCACCCAUAGAUUUGUUGAUAUAUCCAUGUCUGCCUUAGACGAAGUCGUACGACCUGACGAUUAACGAAAUUCGAUUGACGACUCCGAAAGACGAA